AUGGCAGCCACAGAGACCUUGUCGGUACCAGAUGAGGCUUUCCUCAGCGAGAGCAGGCAAAAUGAGGUCUAUGCUACUCAUAUUACAUUUUUUGUUCUUAUGAUGAUCAUUGUGCCAUGUCGUUGGGCAGCAUCGCGUUUAACUAAGAAGGCAUUGUCGUGGGAUGAUUGGCUUGCGUACUUCGCCGCAUUCAACACAAUAGGCGUUUUUAUCGGUAGUAUGCUGUGGCUCAAGUUCGGCUUAGGAAGGCAUAUGGCUGCGCUGAUACAGGAGGACCCGAAAAACAUCGAGCGAUUUUUUAAAACGAUUCUAGCCAACGAGAUACUAUACACGACAGCUUUGGCCUCCGCUAGGCUAUCAUUGGUAGCUUUCUUUUACCAUAUCUUUGGUGUAUCAAGCAUGCGUUACUUCCUCCACGGCUUUGUUGUUUUUAUAAUCGCCUGGGCAAUCUCUACGUGGCGCAGCAGUAUUAACAAUGAUAGUGUGGCAAUUGGAGGAAUUAUUACCGACAUCGGUCUGAUGAUCAUUCCUAUACCAUAUAUUUGGUCUUUGAAAGUUUCUCUUCAUCACAAGAUUCUGAUCGCGGCUAUGCUUGUUUUUGGAAGCUUCGCGUGCUUUGUUACUAUCAUCCGCCUUACCAAAGUUAUCACUGUCGACUUGACAGAUCCUACAUGGGGAACUGUUGACCUGAUGAUUUGGACUGGUCUAGAGGUAUAUAGAACGCCUAACAACCCAAGUGCUGUUAUUUGCUGUUGCUUGCCUACCUUGAGGCCGCUGAUCAAGGUGGCUUUCAAGAAGUUGGGAUUGGGCCAGCUGAGUUCAUCCGCUGUUACAGAUAACGAGAGACAAGCAUCGGGUACUGGCGGAAUGUGGAGCACCAAGCCACGAAAGACCAAGCUGCAUUCAGAGGAUGGGAUUCUCGGUACCAGUGAUGCAGACGACAUGGAGUUGAAAAAGUCCAAGUAUUAUGAACUAGGCUCAAUCAAUGGUCACGCCAGCUCACAGACCUCGAUCAGAGAGCAUCAAAGUCCAGUAAAGGUCUUACUACGAGAGGAACGAGCUGAGGACCUGGCCGUAAAGGUCCGCAACUUCUUACUUCUAGGCAAUCCCCUAUAA